GGUAUUCCUCAAGGCUCUCCCAUUUCACCAAUCCUCUUCCUAUUCUACUUGAAAAACUUGUUCAAGGACAUGGAGCCAGGAGUUUUAACUCCACAGCUAAGAGCCCCCGUCUUUAUUGAUGAUAUUGCUUUUAUAGUCACAGGCCCCUCUGCGCAGAGCAACUCCAAGGAAUUGGAGGUGGUAGCCAGAAGGGCCUUGAGUUGGGCAGCUAACAAUGUAAUAGUAUUUGAUGAUCCCAAGACAGAACUGAUGCAUUUUCACAACAAAACCAAUGACCUUACUACCAACUCCCUUGUCACUCUUCCUCAUGGUACUAUUAUCUACCCUUCUCAGCACCUCAGAUGUCUAGGAGUUUGGCUUGACAGGAAGCUUUUGUUUAACUGCCAUGUUCAGCAGAAGACCGCAGCAGCAACUAGGGCACUUAACAUGAUUUCUAGACUAUCCAACUCAGGAUAGGGUCUCUCAGCAACAGCAAUGAGGCAACUAUACUACACCUACAUUACCCCAAUAGCUGACUAUAGAGCAGAGGUCUGGUGGAAAGGUCAAAUUGCUCUUACUAACAAAUUACAGAAGUUGCAGGCAGAGGCAAACAGAAGAAUCCUAGGAGCUUUCAGAACUUCACCUACUGCUGCAAUGGAGAUCAAAGCAGCCACCCUUCCUGUUCCUUUGAGACUUGAC